UUGGAAGAAUGCCGGUUUGGUAAGGUUUCUUACAGUUCGUUUUACAGAGUUGUUCUUAAACAGGGGAAGACAAUUAGAUUACUUUGUUAAGUUGGAUAAUGUAGAGAGAGUAAUUGUCACAUUCAUGCAUAAUGCAUUAGGUUUCGUGGCAAUGGAUGAUGUGUUGUGGUAUGGUUAGUUAAUUUGAAUGUUGAAGAAUACAGCCAUACAGGCAAAUCCCAUGAGAGCACCAUAAAAAAAUAUUCAGUCGUUAGGCUGAUUCAUGAUUCAACAACAAUGGGAAAUCUGGAUAUUGGUCGUACAAGGCAAACAAUAAUGUUGCAAUCAAAACACAACAGAUUGGUCGUACAAGGCAAACAAUAAUGUUACAAUCAAAACACCGGUGAGAACACGUCACUUGACCUGGAACCUUCUGAGGCGACCAGAAUCAACAGCGGCCUCCUACUUUUAUUUGAAACGCGUUGUGUCGUGGUCGGUCGGCGAGAAACCGGAAGUUUCUACGAACAGACCUCCGAACAAAAUUUAAUGUCUUAAACCGGAAGGUAACGUCAAGAAAAUGUAUAAAUAUACACUUGAAUUGAAGCAAUUCACAAAAACAAUUUCAUCAUCUCUCUUAACUCAUCAUUUAUACAGACAUAUCAAUGGCUCAGUAUCAUCAACAACACGAAAUGAAGCAGACAAUGACAGAGACACCGUAUGUGACAGCUCCGCCACCAAUGGGUUACCCGGUGAUGAAGAAGGAAUCUCCCCAAACUGUGCAGCCUCCUCAUCAGACGCAGAGCAAAGGCACUGGUGGCUUUUUACGUGGAUGUUUGGCUGCAAUGUGCUGCUGCUGCGUUUUGGAUUGUGUCUUCUAGGGAAUCUUCCCACAACACACACAGCUUCUACGGAUCUUUUUGUCUUGAUUCUUGAUUUUUUCUCUGUACCUUUUUAUUAAGUUUUGGUUUGAGUGUUGCUAUUUCUGAUUUUGUUACAUUUGGUUACUGUACUGUAAUUACAUCCUUAUUAUUUUGUACAGAAUAAUUUUAUAAAAAGUUAGUUAUUUCC